AUGAAACUACGUUUGUGGCUCCGCACUUUGCGUGCAAAAACGCUUUUAUUUCCAGUACAUCACAAACAUAAAAAAGACAAUGAUUUAUUAACAUUACAAAUUGCUGAUGACGUUGAACAAUUAGAACAAACUAUAUUAGAUUCAUAUAAUACAGCAAUUAGGUUGAUUGUAGAUCUCCAUAUGUCAACAGCUUUAAAACAAAAUGGUAUAUUUCAAUUAGAAUAA